CGGACCGGACCCGACCCGACCCGUCGAUUUUCUGCCCGACCUGAGCUUAUCCAUUUCCUGUCAUCGGAAUAAUGUUCUCUCUCUAGAAUAAUUCCCAAAUCUCAGAUAAUAGGUAUUUGGAAUUCAAUUCACUAAUUUAUUGAUUGUAUGUUUGUUUGUAUACAAAACAUGAAACAUUUUGCUCAAAUUUUCGAAGUUUUCAUCUUAAUUGAAGUUUUUAUUUGUCGGAAUUAGUUUUCUCUAUUAUGUUUGAUUUGCCUGGAUGCGUUUUUUUUUUUGGUAUUUAAUUUCUUAUGUUAGAAUUUUGAAUCUUAACGAAUUCCGUUGGUGCUCUGUCUGGUUGAAUGAUCGAUAAGCUUUUGAUAUGAUUUUGGCCUAAUUGAGUUUCAAUCCAAAAUAGUCUUUCGAAUUAGUUAUUUGAAGAUUUUGUGAUUUUUCUGGGUUUCGGAAGAGUUACAGCUACUCACAAAUGAUUUUGACAUUAAUGUUUUGAUUUUGGAAUUUCUACUUUCUGGGUGAUUUAGUUCCUACAUUUUUCGAACAUUUUUUAAAUUGAGAUUUUAGCAUACUUUACUAGAUUUGGUGACGGCGAUGUGUAUUUAAUGGUGGUCGGAGAGUAAAAGGAGGUGAAGAUUAAUUAUGUAUCGGCCUGGGGCGGCAACCACUAACCGAGGCGGUUUGCCGACAGACAGUGGAGAUUCCAUAGUGACACUCGAUCAAGUUCCAUGUUGGAGUGACUCAGAGUACAGAUACUUGUAUGAGAACGAAGAUCCCGCGUCUCCAAAUUCGUACUUUCCAGACCCUUUGGCAACUUCAUCCGAGGGUGGGAGUAGUGGAAAUGGCAUGUUAUCUAGAUUCCCCCUGGAUCAUGAAAUCAACUCGAAGGUGUAUCUUUGGAGGGGGAACCCUUGGAAUCUUGAGGUGGAUGCUGUAGUGAAUUCAACAAACGAGAACUUAGAUGAAGCGCAUAGCAGUCCUGGUUUGCAUGCUGCAGCUGGACCCGGCCUUGCAGAAGAAUGUGCAACGCUGGGUGGUUGCCGAACAGGGAUGGCAAAAGUUACUCGUGCAUAUGACCUUCCUGCAAGGAGGGUUAUACAUACCGUCGGCCCCAAGUAUGCAGUAAAAUAUCAUACUGCUGCAGAGAAUGCUUUGAGUCAUUGCUACCGGUCUUGCCUUGAACUUCUUAUUGAAAAUGAGAUGCAGAGCAUUGCUAUUGGCUGUAUAUACACAGAAACCAAAAAUUAUCCAAGAGAACCAGCUGCGCAUGUGGCAAUAAGAACUGUAAGACGAUUCAUUGAGAAACAAAAGGAUAAAAUACAUGCAGUUGUAUUUUGUACGACAACAACUUCUGACACGGAGAUAUAUAAAAGAUUACUUCCACUUUACUUUCCAAGGGAUAAGCAAGAGGAGGAAAUAGCUAUUUUGAAACUUCCUGCAGAUGUUGGAGAUGAAAAUGGCGAGACGGUCAUAGAUGAACGCAAAAUCAGAAUAAAGCCUUUACCUAAUUUAAAGAAGAAUGGUCCCAGAAUUGCUCAAAUUUCAACUGAACUUCCAAUGAGUAGUAUGGCGUUGACAAGAACGAACUCCUCAUACUUGGAUUCAUAUUUGGAUCCUGCUUUUAUGUCCUUGAUUAAAGAUCCAGACGUGAAACGCAAAGAGCAGUGGGAAAAAUCUGCCGAAGCUCGAAGUGGUUGGAAUUUUGCUAAAAUGCUUGGAUAUGGUGACCUUGGGGGUCCUCCCCUGUCUGCUGCUGAAGAAUAUUCGCUUCAUUCCAGAUAUCUUGCUAAAGCAAAUUCACUCAAUCUUUCUGAAAUUGCUGAAAUGAGAAUAGUUUACCGAGGCGGGGUUGAUAGUGAAGGUCGCCCAGUGAUGGUGGUCGUUGGAGCACAUUUUCUGUUGAGGUGCCUUGAUCUAGAACGAUUUGUGUUGCACGUAGUAAAGGAGUUUGAGCCCUUGAUACAGAAGUCUUACAGCAUUGUUUACUUCCACUCGGCUGCAUCCUUACAUACGCAACCAGAUCUAGGAUGGAUGAAGAGGUUAGAGCAAAUACUUGGUCGAAAGCAUCAACGUAAUCUUCACGCAAUAUACGUCCUUCAUCCCACCUUCGGGCUCAAAUCUGCGAUAUUUGCAAUGCAGUUAUUUGUAGAUAAUCUGGUGUGGAAGAAGGUGGUCUAUGUUGAUCGUCUUCUGCAGCUAUUCAGAUAUGUUCCGCGCGAGCAAUUAACUAUUCCGGAUUUCGUUUUCCAGCAUGAUUUGGAAGUGAAUGGAGAGAAGGGAGUUAUUGUGGAUCCAAGGACAAAGUAUGUUUAUCAACGACCACAGUAGAUGAUGUAACUAUAAUAAAAGCACUUUCCUUUCUUAUAUAAAUAUAUUUUUGUUACCACACUUGUUUCUUGGUCUGGUUGUAACAAGUUGUUGUUGUUGGGUAUUUUUUUUCUUUUUUAUUUCUUUUUUAUUUAUUUAUAUAUGUACAUAUUUUCCUGUGCAUAUCUCAUUUUCGGAUGAUAUGAUUUUACUGUUGUUGAGAUUGAAAGAAAUAUUUGUUUAUAUUUUAGUAGGUAACAUAAAAUAAUAUUGAAGU